AUGAAUUUGACUGAAGAUUUCACGCACAGUUUAUUUGAACCAAAUGGGGCCAAUGCUGAAGACCUUAUUAGUAAAUUACCACUAGAGUCAAGUAAUACCAUAAAUUCAGUGGCUAUUGAUUCAGUUCAGAAGCCAUACUCGCCAACUUACAGAAAUCAAGGGAUUUCUCAGAGACUUGUAUCGAACAUCCAUCCUCAGUUGAAUACAUACAAUAGCUUGUUCAACAAUUCUGUGAAAUUAUUUAGGGAUAGACCAUGCCUUGGAAGCAGGCCAUAUAAUUAUGAAUUAGGUAAAUCUGAGAAAUAUUAUAAAAGCUAUUCGUAUGAAGAAGUCAAUGAGAGACGGAUGAAUUUGGGAUCGGGGAUUCUCCAUUUGUUACAAGAGAACGAGUUCAAAACGAAUUCAAUUGAACAUAAAAAGAUUGACAACCAUUUACGUGAUUGGACGAAGUACGGACGUGUUGAGGGAGAUAGAGAGAGUAACUGUUCGUUUAUCGUGUCGAUUUUUUCUGCCAAUAGAUUAGAAUGGGUAUUAGCAGAUCUUGCGUGUUCCGCUUAUUCUUUAACUAAUACGGCCUUGUAUGAUACACUUGGUAUCGAUGCAACUAAAUUUAUAUUAGAGUUGACUAAGAGUCCUGUGGUCAUUAGUUCACGCGAUAAAAUAAAGGUUAUCAUUGAAUUGAAAAGACAAUUUCCUGAACAGUUGCGUGAUCUUAUAUCCAUAGUCUCUAUGGACCCAUUGUUUCAUUUAUCUAAGAACUCAAAAUUUCAGGCUGAAGAUGAAUCAUUAUUUUCUUUUGCCAGAGAUUCUGAGAUUUCGCUCUACGAUAUAGAUUACGUCGAAAAAGUUGGUAGCUCAUUUAGGGUAGAAGAAUUACCACCAACUCCCGAAACUAUGUACACUAUAUCUUUUACGUCUGGUACGACAGGGUCCAAACCAAAAGGUGUAAUUUUAACGCAGGAAAAUGCUGUCUCUGCUAUUACUUUCUUGACCAGUACAAUGCCUCAAGUAGACAACGGGAAAGCGUUUAUAUUCUUACCUUUGACCCAUAUCUAUGAGAGAAAAACUACCGGAUUUGCAUUAUCUACCGGAUAUUAUUUAGGAUUUCCCCAGUUGACUGUUACACCAUCCCCUAAGCCUUCAAACCCGUUCGAUAACUUAAUGGAAGAUUUAACCAUCUUCAAACCCCAUUAUUUAUCAUUAGUGCCUAGAAUUUUAACCAAGAUUGAAUCGUUGACAAAGUCUGCCAUUGCAAACUCCGACAAAGAAACCUCGGCUAAGCUAAAUGAAAUUGUCAAUUACAAAUUGAAGAAACACGCAGAGGGAGAUGGGAGCACUGGGGCUCAUGAAGAAUAUGAUAACUAUCCGCCUUAUAAAUCCCUCCGCAAAAAGUUUGGGUUUGAUAAUUUGAUAUGGACCCAAACUGCGUCUGCACCAAUUUCUCCCUUGACACUUAUUUAUUUAAAGGCCGGCUUGAACAUUGGAUUAAGACAGUUGUAUGGGUUGACUGAAUCUUUUGGAGCCGUGUCUCUGAGUGACGCAUACGAGGCUAAACCAGGUUCGUGUGGAAGCAUUGGUGUUGGGUGCGAAAUGAAAGUGAAAGAAGUUCCCGCAAUGGGAUACUAUGCUGAAGAUAAUAAGGGCGAGUUGUUAUUAAGAGGGCCCCAAAUUUUCAAGGGUUACUACCGUGAUCCCGAGGAAACUGAAAAGGCUUUAGAUAAAGACGGCUGGUUCCACACCGGUGACAUUGCAAUGAUAAGCCCCGACACUGGUAGACUUUACAUCAUUGACAGAGUCAAGAAUUUCUUCAAAUUGGCCCAGGGUGAAUACAUAUCGCCCGAAAAAAUCGAAAACGUGUAUUUGUCUUCAAACCCAAUUCUUGCCCAACUAUACGUCCACGGUGAUUCACUCCAAUCCUAUUUGGUAGGUAUUGUGGGCAUUGAACAAGCAGCCGGUUUAAAGUUUUUACAAACCUCCUGUGGCUACAAAGACGACGUCUCGCCCGAACAGCUAAUUGUCGAAAUUAACAAACGACUGAACAAAGCUAAGUUCUUGACCAAUAUUAAUUCCACCUUGAAAGGGAAGCUUCUAGGAUUUGAGAAACUCCACAACAUUGAUAUUGAUAUCAAUCCUUUGACCGUGGAAAAAAAUGUGGUAACUCCAACAUUGAAGAUCAAAAGAGGUAUCGCCGCUAACUACUUCCAAAGUGUCUUUAAGAAGUUGUACGAUGAAGGUUCUUUGGUGAAUGCAAAAUCGAAGCUAUAG